AUGGGCCACCGCUGGCGCUGCGCUUACGCAGCUGGCGCCGCGCUGGCGCCCCUGCACUACCGGCACCUCUCGCAGCUGAAGUGCUUCGACAGGGAUUGGGACAAGCGGCAUCCGCCCGAUGGCGUGGCGUGCCAGGGCAACAGCCGCGUGAUGAUCUUGAUCAGGCACGGCCAGUAUGAGAACAAGGGCGGGCCCGGCUACGGCCAGCUGACGGCACUGGGCCGCGAGCAGGCCAGGCAGGCAGGGAGGCAUUUGGUGGCGCGCGCCCGCGAGGACCCAAAGUUCAAGAAGGCGCUCCUGAGAAUGACCAGCAGCGCCCUGGACCGCGCGGUCGAGACAGCCGACCUGAUCGAAGCGGAGCUGCGGGCCGAGAUCGCGUGGGUCGACGUCGAGCAGAGCUCCCUCCCUGGCAGCAUGCCCGUGCGCGAAGCGGCGGUGCGCGGCGAGGGGGAGGUAGAGUACGUCGCCGAGCCAGAGGCGCCCGUGGUCGUGGAGGAUCCGAAGAAUUGGCUGCAGCCACGCGUCGAGGUGUGCCGCGGCUCGCGCCUGAGGGUCCUCGGCGGGACGCCAGGAGCCGCGACGCUCGCCGCGGCACUCGCGGGCCCGUCGGCACGGGUGGCGGUGCACCAGGAUCGAGCUGCGGCCCGCCAGGCUGCCCCCCGCGUCGCGCUUCGGCGAGUGGGAGUGCAGCGGAUGUGGCAAGGAGAGCGCCCCGGCGGCGACAUCCACUGGUCCGACGACGCCGAGAACAACGGGCUCGGCUUCUGCAGCGCCUGCAGGGCGGCAGGGCCCCGGCACCGGAAGCUGAGGGAGGGAGACACGCUGGCGAGGGUCACCAAGGGCUCAGAGGAGUCCCCGGUUCGCAUGCGGCCCCCCUGUAUGCCCAACGACCCGAAUCUCAACGAGGCGGACGUGGACUCCUGCUCCGUGCUCAUGCCCGACGAUCCUCUCUUCGAAGACUACGGGGUGGUGAACGCGGCCAUCUUGCGCGACCACGCGCAGGUCGAGGCUGCUUUCUAUCGCCACUUUCAUCGGAGUCUCGACCACAACCGGCUCAGUCGAGAGGCUCGCGCCGACGUAGUCGUGGUCACGUUCACAGAUAGCGGCGGCAAGCAGAGCGAAAGGCGCUUAAGCAAAGACGAGUUCAGUGCCCUGGAGAUCGCAACUGAUGGCAGCUGCGCGUGGAUAUGGGACGAAAAGGUCAAGCAUCGAACGCAAGGCGCGUUCGCAAUCGAGACGAUUGGCGACACCUCUGUGAAAGGCAUGGCCGCUGAGGAGAUCCGUGACGUUUUCGAGCGCCUCUGUGUGAUGCCCCGGCCCGGGUCUCAGGUGGAGAUUCUGGUAUGCCAUCAGAACAUCAUCCGUUAUUUCUUCUUGAGGGCAAUGCAAUUCGACACCAGGGCGUGGUUGAACCUUGGCGGCUCCAACUGCACCAUGACCCAACUUCGCAUCACGCGGCGGGGAGAUGUCAUUUGCGAUUUUAUGUUCGAUCACGGGAGUCAGAUGCCAGUGAGCCACUACACGUUCAACAAGCAUCCCGAUGUGUAG